AUCACAUCCGCUCAACCUUUCUCUCUCUCUCCUCAUUUCUUCCCCGAAAUCUCUCUACCUCUCCCUAAAGAAAAAAAAAGAAACACUAGAUUUGGAGACCCAAUAAUCGAAAGUAACAGAGAACUCUUGCCUCACCCGUCAAGAGUUCCAUCUUCACAGACUAGUCACAAAAGGGACAAUAGAACCAUAAUUGUAGAAUUAUUGUUCUGAAGUGAUCACCCAGUUGCUCAAGAAAAGUGAAAACUAUUGGCGACCACCAUUGUGUAGAGGAAAGAUAGGCAAAUGGAUUCAGCAUCAGGAGCCGGAGCACCGGACCCGAAUGGAGGAGAGGGUCCAUCAUCGACAACUGCUAUUGGUGGUGGUAGUGGAGGAGGAGGAGCCACCGCAGAGGGUAGUGGAUCAGCAUCAGCACCACCACCGAGUCGGUACGAGUCGCAGAAGCGUCGAGACUGGAACACUUUCUUGCAGUACUUGAGGAACCACAAGCCACCGUUGACACUAGCACGGUGCAGCGGAGCUCACGUGAUCGAGUUCUUGAAGUACCUUGACCAGUUCGGGAAGACGAAGGUGCACGUGACUGGUUGUCCCUACUUCGGCCACCCUAACCCUCCGGCACCAUGUGCUUGCCCUCUGAAACAAGCUUGGGGCAGCCUUGACGCGCUCAUCGGACGGCUCAGAGCCGCCUACGAGGAGAACGGUGGGAGGCCAGAAGCGAACCCCUUUGGUGCCAAAGCGGUGAGGAUAUAUUUGAGGGAGGUGAAAGAAAGUCAGGCCAAGGCCAGAGGGAUACCUUAUGAGAAAAAGAAGCGAAAAAGGCCAACGCCCACGGCCACUACUGUGGCAGAGAAUGUUGGUGGUGGACGUAGUAGUGGUGGCGGCGGUGAGGCUAGUGGCGGUGGUGCUGCUACUGAAACAGUAUAA